ACCGACCUUUAAAACAAAAAAAAAAAAAAAAAAAAGAAAAAAAAAAGAGAUGUUUUUAUUUUUUCCCGACCCGACUUAAAACACAAUCCCAAUCUCACAGUCCGCAAAGCUCGCUGGCGAUCUCUACACUCGUCGUCGCCGGCGCCCGAGUAAUCGCCGGUUAUUUUCCCGUUUCCUUUCUCAGACGGCAGUUGAAUCGCCGGAGCUAGAGUAAUCGCCUGCGAGAAGGUGUUUGAGUUUCUAGCUUUGAAGCAGAGAGAAUUUUCAAGAGCUCACACAGCUUUAACAUUGGAAUUGGAGCUGAAAAUUUCUAUGUUCCAGUGGAUCUGAUUUUGGUUCUUUCAUGUAAAAAAAAAAAAAAAAAAAAAAAAAAAAAAAAAACUGUAAUGAGCUUUGUCUUCGUGAAUGAAUGAAUGAACGAAGCUAAAUGAAGACGGCGAGGAAGAUAGCUCAUCAGCAGAAACAGCCGUACUAUAAAUGGAAGAGGAAGAUAUUCGCUGUACUAUUGAUGAGCUUGUGUUUCGGAUUCUUGCUGUUGAUAAUGCAGUCUCAGUAUAAUCGGAUUACGACUCUCACUUCUAUGCAUGCGCAGAAGCCCAAGAUCGCUUUCUUGUUCAUAGCUCGGAAUCGGCUUCCUUUGGACAUUGUUUGGGACGCUUUCUUUCAGGGAGGAGAGAAUAGAUUUUCAAUUUAUGUUCAUUCUAGGCCUAGGUUUCUCUUCAACAAGGCAACAACAAAAUCAAACUAUUUUCUGAAUUGCCAAGUUAAUGAUAGUAUACAGGUAGACUGGGGAGAAGCAAGCAUGAUUGAGGCAGAGCGUAUAUUGCUAAGGCAUGCGCUUGAGGAUGCUUAUAAUCAACGCUUUGUUUUUCUUUCUGACAGCUGCAUCCCUCUUUACAACUUCAACUAUAUAUAUGACUAUAUUAUGUCAACUUCAACCAGUUUCAUAGACAGUUUUGCUGAUACAAAGGAGGGCCGAUACAAUCCAUUAAUGGCACCUGUUAUUCCUGUUCAAAAUUGGAGAAAAGGAUCUCAAUGGGUUGUUUUGACUAGGAAGCAUGCAGAGGUGGUGGUGAAUGACAACAUUGUCUUUCCUAUGUUUCAAUGGCACUGCAAGAGAAAGUCACUACCUGAGUUUUGGCGGGAUCAACCCUUUCCAGCUGACACGUCCAAGGAGCAUAAUUGUAUACCAGAUGAACAUUAUGUUCAAACGUUACUGGCACAAGAAGGUCUUGAAGAAGAAAUUACACGAAGAUCACUGACACAUUCAUCAUGGGAUUUAUCAUCCUCAAAGGACCGAGAGCGUCGUGGAUGGCAUCCUGUGACUUACAAGUAUUCAGAUGCUACUUCCAUGCUCUUACAAUCUAUAAAGGAGAUAGAUAAUAUCUAUUAUGAGACUGAGCACCGCAGAGAAUGGUGCAGUAGGAAAGGGAAACCUUCUGCGUGCUUUCUUUUUGCAAGAAAGUUUACCCGGCCUGCUGCUCUACGGCUUCUCGACACGUCAGCACUGGAGCUUUAAAUGAAGCAACAGGUAUAUCCUAACUAUCCCCAAAGUUAAACUGACUAGUUUGUACCAAGAAAAAAGCUAGCUAGUCUUAGGAAAAAAGUCGUUGGAUUGCAGUGGGAAACAAGAAGAGCUAUAAAAUGAGUGGGAAAGAGAGGUUGGAGUAUUAUCCCACGGUGUAUAUUUUUAAGAAAUAUAUAGAAUAGAAAGGUAAUCAGUAGUGUAAUAUAUUAAUGUGAAGAGAAAUAUCAAUGUUACACGUACACGUAGCAAUCUGCUUGCUAUUCAGAAUCAGCUUUCCUCAAGAGAUCCUAAUGCUAUAUUUAGAAAAUUCUUCUAUUUUUACUCGACCACAAUAUAUUACAA